UUGAACUUCGUUGUUCACGUCUUUGGACUCUUCAGUGGACGACCGACUCACGCCAUGGACGGACGGCCACGACGGGCCGGUGCGCCGCGGCAGCUGCCGUGGCGUGGGCACAGUGGCGUUGCGAGACGGGAUGGGUGGGUGCAGCGAUCUGCAGGUGCUGGGGCCUUCAGCCUUCGGGGCCUUCGCUUCUUCCCCCGUUUGCUGCUGCUUCGCGCCGUGCGUCGGUCAGCACGGCCAGACCGGCCGCCCACCGGCUACGUCCGCACCAAUAAGGCCAUUGUGGCCGCGCGGUCGAGCGAGGCGUUGCGUGAGGUGUUGAAGAGCCUGGAGAAGGAUCAAAGGCCGCUGAAUGGCGUGAACUUGGCCACGAUCUUCUUCAAAGCAGCCAAGCAUCCAGAAGAGGUCUAUUCUCCUUCGACCUUGGGCUUCCUCGCGAAGACUUUAGCUUGUGACGCGGUGAAGCUGGAUGCACGCCAGUGUGCGAGUUGCUUGUAUGGCUUGCAGAAGCUGACGCCCAGCGAUCCUCACGUCCUUCAGUUGGUGGAUGCCUUGGCGACGAAGAUUCGGAAGAACCUGGAGAUCAAAGACCAGCUGAAUGCACAAGCUGUGAGCAAUAUGCUGUAUGGCUUGCAGGGACUUUCGACGGACUUCCAGGAAGUGCGCCGCUUGCUGGUGGCCUUGGCCACGGUCUGCUCAAGGAAGCAGCGACUGUCUGCUCAAGGUGUUGGGAACGCUCUUUAUGGCCUGCAAGGGAUGAAGAGCGACGUAUCAGAGCUUCAAGAGCUCUUGGUGGUUCUGAAGCCUCUGAUCCAAAAUGCGGCUGGCUUGGAUGGCCAAGCCAUUGGAAACGCGCUCUAUGGUCUUCAAAGCAUGACCAGCAGCUGCCGGGAGGUUCAAGAACUCUUACAAGCUUUGGCACAGAAAGUGAAGCAUUUUGAUGGAACGCUCACGGAACAGGAGACCAGCAAUGCACUCUACGGGCUGCAAUUCAUGAAUGGCGACGAAGCGCCCAGCGUCAAGGAGAUUCUCCAAGUGCUUUCUCGCCAGACGGGUCCUGGGGGACAAGCGUCCAUUGGAAGAGCGUUUCGCAGCGGAAAGCGACUCAGCCGCCAUCCGGUGAAUCCACUUGAAACAUCAAGAGCAGCACUACCAGCUGAUUGGUUGAAAGCAGCCUUUGGUUCGGAUUCGACUGGAAAGGCUUCACCCGGAUCGUGCUAUUUCCUUGACCUUGGUUGUGACAUGGGCGGCUUUGCCCGUGCAGUGGCUCAGGCGCGUCCAGAUUUGCGUGUCAUCGGUCUGGAGCUCCGGCACAAUGCCGUGGCCUUUGCCAACGCCCGCGCGCGCGCGGAGGGACUGGCGAACGUGGCCUUCCUGGAAAGCAACGCUGCGCAGGACCUAGGGCAGCUGCUGGUGGAUCUCCGAAAAGCCCAGGGCCACGUAGCGACGGUCAGCAUGAACUUCCCAGAUCCCCACUUGGACCGAGUGGAACACCGAGAAAGACGCUUGGUGAGUGGGAAGCUGGUGGCAUGGCUGGCUGAACAUUUGGAACCCAAGCGUGGGGAGGUGCUGUUUCAAUCGGAUGUAGAGCUGUUGACUGCUGAGGCGAAGGCGGCCUUCUCUUUCAGCCAGUGCUUCGAGGUUUUAGCUUGGGAAGAGCGUGCAGAGUUGGUUCCCACAGAGCGGGAAACGGUGGUGCUGAAGCGAGGUCUGGAAGUGCACAAAGUGAGGCUCUUGAGAAGCAGUCAGCCUUUGCCAGAGGGGCUGGAAGCUGAUGUGAAUCGGCUCCUUGCACAAAUGAGAUUGACCCAGACAUCAUGUUGAAGUUUGAUCAGGACCGUCCUACAGUUCCUACAGAUGUUUGAAAGGCUUUUAGGUUUUCAGGAACGUGCACUGGCUGUGUGCCAAACUUUAAAGAGGGUCGUGAGUGAGGCUUUUACACCUCACAUUGCAACCUCGCUCUUUCUGAGGGUUUUAAAGCAUAUCCUUUCUUCAGACCUUCCCGCGCGGGCUUUUAUAGCGUGCGCCAGCUUGAGUCAAGACAAGUUAAAAGCCAGAAGUGCAUUUGG